AAAUUGAUCAUUUUUUUCAUCUCGAAAAAUACACAUUUAAAUAUAUAUUUGGUAAUUGUUAGACGGGUAUAUAUAUUGAAAAUUACAUAAAUAUAUACCCGACUAACACACCACUUUCAGCUAACCAAACGAUAGAAUAAAAACCGUCAAAAUAAAGCUAAAAAUUAUGUCCAAAGCUUUUGCUGCUUCAAACAACAAUUCGAUUAAUAAUAAUAAUAAUAAUAAUAAUCAUAGAAGCAGUAGCAGCAAUAUUCAAAAUAUUGGACGUCAUCAUUCGCAUCAUCAUCAUCAUCAACAACAACAACAACAACAACAUCAAUUACAUGCUCAUUCCACAACAAAUAAUAGAAUAACAACAGCAACAACAAAUAAUAAUAAUAGCGGUAAUUAUUCAAUGAAUAUGGGUUCAUUCAAUGCAAGUAGUUGUUAUGAUCAAGCCGUUGCCAAUAUGAUGUCAACAAAUUAUGGUGGACUAUUAUCAGCUGCAUUUGGUGAUCCAAUGCGUUCAUUAUUUGGUGUACGAAAUUUACCUGGAACCAAUGGUACCGGUAAUAGUAAUAAUGGUACAUCGGCAGCUACAGCCGCAACCAAUAAUCAAACAGGAUCGUCAUCAAAUUCCAAUCAAAAUUCCGCUGGUGGAUCAUCAUCCGAACAUUUACAAGCGAUUUAUGGAACCAAAAGUACACAUCAUCAUCAUUCACAUCAUAUGAAUAGUGGUGGUGGAGCCAAUACAAAUGGUGGUGGUAUUGGUCAACCAAAUUCAGCUAUGAAUGCACAUCAACAACAACAACAUCAUCAUGCCCAACAUAUGCAACAACAACAAUCACAUCAUCAAACAUCACAACAACAU